UGUUUACGCUCAGUCGCUAUUAAUCAUUUCCUGCUGUGUUUACAAUAAUAUCCGUUCAAGUUUAUUGGUGAAAAUAAGAUUAGGUGUUGGCUACUCGAGGCAUCUAAUUUUGAAUAAUUUAAGGAUAAAUCAUUCUAACAAAGCAAUGGAAAGCAGGAAGGAUUUAGUUAGUGUUGAAGGGGAGCCUCGCGACAAUUGGGAAGAUGUAGCCAACGAGAGUGUUGAUCCGGGGUUCUUGGUGAAAACUGAAAUCUCUGAAGAAUCAUCGACGAAUGAGUCAUCAGAUGAAAUUUCGAUCGAAUUGGAGACCGAAAAUGUAAAACUUGAACCUAAGCCCUCAUUGACGACCAUCUGCCAAGCUACUGUAAAGGAGGAAAAUCCGGGGUUCUCGGUGAAAACUGAAAACUCUGAAGAAUCAUCGUCGAAUGAGUCAUCGGAUGAAAUUUCCAUCGAAUUGGAGACCGAAAAUGUAAAACUUGAACAUAAGCCCUCAUCAACGAACAUCUGCCAAACUACUGUCAAGGAAGAAAAUCCGGGGUUCUCGGUGAAAUCUGAAAACUCUGAUGAAUCAUCGACGAGUGAAUCAUCGGCUAAUCCCACUAAUGACUCUAUGAUGAAAGAGGAGCCUCGUGACAAUUGCGAAGAUGUAGCCGACGUGAGUGUGGAUCCGGGGAUCUCGGUGAAAACUGAAAACUCUGAAGAAUCAUCUUCGAAUGAGUCAUCGGAUGAAAUUUCGAUCGAAUUGGAGACCGAAAAUGUAAAACUUGAACCUAAGCCCUCAUUGACGACCAUCGGCCAAACUACUAGAGAGAAAGAAAAUCCAACAAAUAACUUAAAUGGGACAAAACUCACAAUUUUAAUUAAAAAAGGAUUCAAUUACGAUAGUAAUUGUAAAUUUACCAGAGAAGAAGCGACUUCAACGAAACAAAUGAAAACGACACACAAGGGCAAUGGACCACACGAAUGUGAAAUUUGUCAUAAAUCGUUUAGAAAACCAAGUGUACUUAAAGCGCACGUGAAUCGAGUACAUGAUAAAAUCAAACCUUUCCAGUGUGAAAUUUGUCACAAAUCAUUUGGACGAAAAUAUGACCUCAAAAAUCACGUGAAUGCAGUACAUAAUCAGAGCAAACCCUUUGAGUGUAAUAUUUGUCAUGAAUCAUUUACACGAAAAGAUAAUCUCAAAAUUCACAUCAGUAUAGUCCAUGAACGCAGCAAACCUUUUGAGUGUCAGUUUUGUCACAAAGCAUUUGCACUAAAAAGUCGUUUAAAAAGACAUAUAAGUGCAGUACAUAAUCAGAGCAAACCCUUUGAGUGUGAGUUUUGUCGAAAAUCAUUUGGAGAAAAAAGUCAACUCACAGCCCAUAUUGAGUUAGUACACCUUCGUAGGAAACCCUUUGAGUGUGAGUUUUGUCGAAAAUCAUUUGGACGAAAAAGUUACCUCACAGUUCAUAUUAAGGAAGUACACCUUCGGAGUAAAUCCUUUGAGUGUGAUAUUUGUCAUGAAUCAUUUGCACGAAAAAGUGGUCUCAAAAAGCACGCAAGUAUAGUCCACGAACGCAACAAACCUUUUGAAUGUCAGUUUUGUCACAAAGCAUUUGGACUAAAAAGUGACCUUAAAAGACAUAUAAGUGUAGUACAUAAUCGGAGCAAACCUUUCGAGUGUGAGAUUUGUAAUAAAUCAUUUGGACAAAAAAGUCACCUCACAGCCCAUAUUGAGUUAGUACACCUUCGUAGGAAACCCUUUGAGUGUGAGAUUUGUAAUCACUCAUAUGGACGCAAUAGUUAUCUCAAGAAACACAUCAAAACAGUACAUCUUCGGAGUUAACCCUUUGAGUGUGAUAUUUGUCACUAAUCAUUUGGAUAUCCUAGUGUACUCAAAUCUCACGUAAAGUCAGCUCAUGGACAGAGAAAAUUUGAAUGUUAGACUUGUCACGAGUUAUUUAGUACCAAGAAUUGUUUCGAAAAUCACAUUAAUGCAGUACAUAAGGAAAACAAACCUUAGAAGUCUCCCAAAUUUGACGCAUGCAAAGAUUUAACAAUUGCAAAGGUUGAUAAAAAAGCUCUAUCUAAUAAUUUUACGAUUAUAUUAUACCUCUGUGUAGCGCAUUCUUUGUUAAUUGAAUGACUAAACAUUUUUGCUUCCUCAUUGAGGAAGCUUUUUUCAAUUAAACUCAAAAAACAAGUGCUUAUA